AUGAGAACUACCGGUGAUUCAAUAAUAUUAUUAUUAUUGGUUUUGGAAAGUGAAGGUGUUGAUUAUGGAACCACAGCUGCAUUAUUUUCGCAUAUUCGUGCAGGUGUAUUAUUUAUUAAUAGCAACGAAGAUAAGAGUGGACAAGGGUUACUUGCUCUUGGAGAUUCAUUUACAUCUGGUGGUGGUUUACAAUCAUAUCCACAUGUUGCUGCUAAUCUAUUAAAUUGGCAAGUAGGUAAUUUUGCCGUAGGUGGAUCAAAAACAACCGAUAUAUGGUUACAAUUAUUAAGAGCCAGUAGUGUAUUGCAUAUGGCAACACACGUUGUAUUAACAAUCGGUGGUAAUGAUCUUGAAGGUCUUCAAAGUUUAGCAGGUAUUGCUCACCUUAAUAUGACAUUAUUUGAAGAGAGAUGUGCUAAUUUUAAACCAAAACUUGUAUCAACUUAUAAACAAAUUAAAUCUUCUCUUCGUGCUGAUGCAAAAUUUUAUGCUUUACCGUAUGUCGAUUUUGUUAGCGUUGGUAAUAAAAUUCCAUAUGAAGCUGAAUCUCAUCGAGUAAUGCAAGCAAUGAACAAUUUGGUUAGAAAUGCAGCAAUUGAAGCUAAUGUUAAUUAUGUAGAUACUAUAGUCUCAGCAUUUCUUGAUCAUGAAAUGUAUUCAACUGAUUCAUACAUUGAUGAUUUUAGUCAUCCAACAAAUCCACUUCAUCCAAAUUUAAAAGGCUAUGCUAAAAUUGGAGAAGUACUUGCUGCUUAUUUACGAGCAAACUAA